AGCGGAGGAGCUGUCAGCUCGCGUUGCUGCCAUAAAUUAGAGGCUCCAGGGGCUAAUGCUUUCAUUCAGGUGGGCUAGCAGCCGCCUCCCGAAGAUCAGAGCCCCGGAUAGCAGUUUUAAAAGGAAGACCGUUCAGGGGUCCAGGCUACACACGUGUGUCUUAUUUGCGACUGUGUGCUGCUUUAAUUUGGCUUUCAGCAAAGAGAAAGGCUCUCUAAAACUGAACUUGACUUCUACAGUAGCUUCAGCAGUGUUAUUUUAAAUGGGUUCACAAACGGAGGGGAUGCAUUUCCAAGGUUAAUGCUGCAUGUGAGCAACAAAGAUGGAUAGCGGGGAUGUGCCGGUGUCGGUUGUGGAUGACAGCCCCGCAUCAAGCCCCAGCCCGGAGCCAGACACGGAUGCUGAAGCGGAACGCAGGCGUUCUGACCCUCUUGGCCGUUCAAGAGUGAUCGGCAGAGGGAGGCCGGCAGCGGCUAAUGCCGCCCGAGAGAGGAGUCGAGUACAGACCCUCCGUCACGCCUUUUUGGAACUGCAAAAGACCCUGCCCUCCGUGCCCCCGGACACCAAGCUUUCUAAACUGGAUGUCUUAAUCCUGGCGACUACUUAUAUCGCCCACUUAACCAGGACGCUUCAAGAAGAGGCGGUUGAGGAGGGAGACGGAACUCGACACGCUGAGGUUCUGCAUUCUCUGAAGGGAGUUGGAUACCUGCACCCUGUCAAGAAAUGGCCAAUGAGAUCCAGACUCUACAUUGGUGCCACAGGUCAGUUUUUAAGCACUCCAGUCCAGACAGAAACUGCACACCAAGGAGAAACAUCAUCUGCUUCAAAGCCUUAAUUUCUCUUCUUUCUGCCUUCUGUGCAUAAAUGCUGAGGUUUAACAUACAGACAGAAGAGAAGUUAAUAUCUUGUGAAAAAGGGGGAAGUCUUGCUUUAGCCCUGAGAAUUGGUGUAGGCCUCUUAAAAUUCAUACAAAAUGGGACACUCUGUACUAAUCUCCCUUUAUUGAAAAGUACAAUUCUGCUGAAAAAAACAACUUGUGAUAUUCAAAACAUGAGUUUUCAAUAUGAUGAAUAAUCUAUCUUGGUUAAAUACACUUAUUUGGGAAGGGUUUUUGCUUUGGAAGUAAAACUUGGAAAAUUGUCAGCCUGCAAAUUAAGGUUGGAUUUAUUAUUGCUUUAAUAAUCUCCUACUAGAUGAAUGUGACAAAACAUUACUUUCCUGAAACUGUAUAUUUUAGUUGCUUUUUGAUUUUUGUGCUUUACCAAGCCCACCACUGGACUACAGUAUAUGCACUUGUGAGCUUUUAGCAGUUCUACUUCUUUUUAAAGAAAAGCAGCAGCCUUGCUUGACUGGACAGCUAUGCACUUUCACUUAAACAAUUUGCACUAAAUGCAUGUCUGCAUAGGUAAACAUUUGUCAUGUUAAGUGUACCGUCAGGCACUCAACAAUGUUGGUAUGCUGAAUGAAAGCUUUUUUUCAUUUGUAAAUAUUGGAUAUUUCAAGAUAUUGAUGUGAAAAUAGUCAGUUCUUCAGAUUUAUUAUUGUUAAUUUAUUGUUUUAGAAAGGUGGCUGUAUUUGUAAUAUACUGAAAAAUGUAAAGUGUAUCGUGUGGAUGUUUUUUCCUUUAAAUGUGGUUGCUUUAAGAAUUUCCAAAACGUCUGCUAUUUAACUGAAGAUAUUUAAAUGUUAUGGUAACAAAUUACUAUUUUGUAUAUUUGGAUUUUUUUUCUUUGUUCGGUGUCUACCCUUUUAUACUCGUCUUUUCAAAAUAAAAAAUUGUGAACGUGAUUAAAACAUUUGAACCAAUAUACAGUAUUCCUACCUUAAAUAUCAGCCACAGUAUUAGAUACUGACUCUACAUGAUCACCAUGCAAAAUAUCGCUAUUCAAAAAUGUGGGUGGAGAGAAAUAUCUUGCAUAUUGGAAGCAAGGGUAGGUGCAGCUAUAUGGCUGUAUCGUUAUAUUUUUUUAUAUAGGUGACUUCUGCAGUUUGCUGUUAAAAUAUGAAUUCCAACCAUAAGAAAUCCCCAAGUCCCAGCUUAAUAAGAUGUAUUGGAAUAAAAUUGUAUCAUAAAUGGCAGAGAACAUGCUAUUACAGAGAAUACAAAGUUUUAACAUUUUUAAUAAUCUGUAGUGCAUUCCUAAAAUAACCUGUGCUUAAAAGUUUCAAUCAAUACAAUUUGAUUUUGAAACAUUUACUAAAGAGACUGAGACAAACUGGUGUGAGAUAAUGUUUUAAGCAAAUAGUUAAUUCUUUUGCAAAUUUAAUUUGACCGGUGUGGUGCUUAAAAAACUUGUAAAAAUGUCAUGAAGUCAA